CCAUUUAUCAACUGUGGUCUACAACUGACAGCUGCCAACUACAGUUCAGCGCCCUCUGUUCUACUUCCUUUCUUUUUCGAGUUUGUUGUGUACAGAGCUAAACAUGCCCAAAACACCGAAGGAACCCGUCAACGCCGUCCAGGUCUUUGGACGCAAGAAAACCGCUACCGCCGUUGUUUACUGCAAGCGCGGCCGAGGUCUGCUCCGAGUCAACGGACGUCCUCUGGAUCAGAUCGAACCCAAGAUCUUGCAGUACAAACUGCAGGAACCUCUGUUGCUGCUGGGCAAAGAAAAGUUUGCCGGUGUCGACAUCCGCAUCCGUGUGUCCGGUGGUGGUCAUGUAGCCCAGAUCUACGCGAUCCGACAGGCCAUCUCCAAGGCGCUGGUGUCUUUCUACCAGAAGUACGUUGAUGAGGCCUCCCGUAAGGAACUGAAGGACAUCCUGACCCAAUACGACCGAACCCUGUUGGUUGCCGAUCCCCGUCGUUGCGAACCCAAGAAGUUCGGAGGUCCAGGUGCCCGUGCCCGCUACCAGAAGUCUUACCGUUAAGCGUUCGACCCUUUUGUUCUGGUUUGCCGGGGAAGGGAUGCUCUGUUACGGUACUAUCGGAGGUAUCUGCGUUUGCUUUUUGCCUGUUAUUCGGGGCAUGGCAACUAAGUUCGAUAGUGCUUAACGUCAAUACAUUCUAAGACUACGCAGAUAAGUAACAUUGUAUGAAAAGAAACAUAAAUUAAACGAAAGCUGGAGAAACUUUAAA